AUGUUAACAACUGUUGUCUCUAUUUCAGGUGAUGAUCGAAUAUUAAUCUUCGCAAGUCCCGAACAAUUACAAAUUUUACAAACGUCUGAAGAAUUCUUAGUUGACGGCACAUUCAAAGUUGUUCCUGAAAACUUCUAUCAACUGUUUAUUAUCCAUGCUGUUUAUCGUAAUUAUGUUGUUCCUGUGAUUUAUGCUUUAUUAAGACGAAAAAAUACUGAUACUUACCAACGUUUAAUUGACGAAAUCCUCAAGAUUGCUCCAAAUUGGUCGCCUCGCUUGAUAAUGAUGGACUUUGAACAAGCAUCUAUUAAUGCCUUUCAAACCAAAUUUCCAAUUAUACAUCUGUCAGGAUGUUAUUUUCAUCUUCGUCAAAGUAUCCAUCGAAAAUUACAGGCGCACAACAUUCAUAAAAUUGCAGCAUUGGCGUUUUUGGAACCCGGCUCUGUCGUUGAUGGAUUUGAAUUAUUAUGUGAAGAAAUAGGCGAGAGAUAUGAUGAUAUUUUAGAUUACUUUGAAUCAACGUAUAUAGGAAAGUUAAGAUCAAAUCGAAUUCGUCGAAAACCAUUAUUUGACAUUUCUUUCUGGAGAAUGCAUAAUCGAACAAAACAAUCUUCUAUGAGAACAAACAAUUGUGCGGAAGCAUAUCAUCGAAGAAUUAAUUCAACUUUCCAAUGUGCUCAUCCGACGCUGUGGCUCUUUGUACAAAAAAUAAUCGAUGAAGAAAAAGUUGUUCACGCUGAUCUGGUUCACAUCAACGCUGGUGAACCACCGAAGAAAAAGAAAAUCAAUGAAAAUUUGGAAAGACGUCUGUUAAAUCUUCUGACUACCAAUCACUCACAUAUAGCUGUACAACUCAAUUCGACUGCCUAUAGUAUUUCUCUAUAA